AUGAGUACUGAUUUCCCAACACCUCAGUUCACAGUUGAAGGUGAACGACCUCAACCUCCAGCCAAGGCUCCUGGUAUUUUGGGUGUCUUGAAAAGACAUUCAAAGUUCAUUGGUCCUGGUUUAAUUGCUUCAGUAACAUUUUACGAUCCUGGUAAUUGGGCUACCGACUUGCAAGCUGGUUCAAAAUUCGGGAAUGCACAUCUUUUCAUCCUAUUAAUCGCUAUCAUCAUGGCAGUUUUCUUGCAAAUCUUGGCAUGUCGGCUUGGUUUUAUAACUGGAAAAGACUUUUCCCAGAAUUGUCGAGCAGCUGUUGACGCUCGACCCAACAACUCGAUGUGGAGAUGGAUAGCACUCUACCCAUUAUGGGUGCUACUCGAGAUCGCAGUGUUAUUUGCCGACAUUGGAGAAUUACUUGGUUCAGCGAUCGCCUACAACUUACUCGUACCAAAGCUACCACUAUGGGGAGGCGUUCUUUUGACUUUCCUCGACGUUUUCCUUGCUCUGAUCUUCUUUAGAAAGGGAGAUGGCGCAAAGAAAUCGCAGCAGAUAUUUGAGAUCGUCAUGGCAGUCGUGGUCAUGAGUGUUGUCAUCGCCGCUCUCAUCUUGCUGUUCAAGGUGAAGCCUGACUGGACGGCUGCUAUUCGAGGCUUUCUACCAAGUGGAGAUAUCGUCAAAGGAACAGGUGCCACUGUCGGGCCACAUUCUAUCCUGUUGGGAGCUAGUUUGGCCACCAUGGACAGAGAUGAUUCGGAGGGACCAGCAACUGACACGAACCUCACAUCGCCAUCCGACGAUUCUUUGAAUAAGUAUGUUCCCGAAAAAUCCGGAAAGGUGCAAUUUGAAGAUAGCUUGCCCACCUUGAACAAAUUAGAAUCGAACCCAAUAAUCAUCGAUCAGGACGCACCCACUCCCCCUAGACGUAGAAGCAUAGAAAGUUGCAAGAGUUACUUGGCACAUGCGACCUUUGAUAUCGCCGUAUCCCUAAUGACCUUGCCCCUAAUCGUAAACUCUGCUAUCUUGCUUGUAGCUUCCACCACUUUCUACUUUGUCAUCAAUGGCGGUGAAGAAGAAGCAGAUCUCGAGUCCGUUCACAUAUUGUUAAAGCAGAAACUGGGGCCGGUCCUUGCUUUCGUUUUCGCCUUUUCAUUACUACUUUCUGGACAGGCAGCUUCUUUGACCAUCACAAUGGCUGGUCAAUCUCUUUCAGCUGGAUUUUUGGGUUGGGAAACAAAUGCACUUCUUCGUAGACUUGUUACUCGUACCGUUGGAAUUAUCCCUUCGGCUAUAGUAGCAAUCUUACUUGGAAAAGAAGGAGUUAAUGCAAUGUUAAUCGCAAGUCAAGUUGCCAUCAGUAUUGUCCUUCCUUUUUCAAUUAUACCCUUGGCAUAUUUCACUGGACAAAAAGCGACGAUGUCCAUAACGUGUCCUGAUGAGUCGUCACCCCUAGCUCCCCUAGACCCCAUAGUGAGGUUCAGGUCAGAUUCCCUCACCAUCGAACCACAGAAGCCGUUACAAGGUUUGAGUCCAUUACAACAGUAUUACAAGAACAACGGUGGCCGGAAGGGUGAUAGACCAGUGAUUAGACAUGCGGAUAGUAGUUUUUCUGGUUUAUCUAAAACCACAUCGAUCGAUACCAAUCUCCGUGUACGCUCUCAUUCAUUCGCAAACAACACCACUGUCAAAGUCAUUGCCGGAAUUGUGGCAGUCCUGGUCACCUUGGCCAACAUCUACGCGGUCGUACAAGCCGCUCAAGGAAAAACAUAA